GUUUAUUUUAUUUUUUAUGCAUAUAUAUUUUUAAGCAGAUGUGACAAUUGUAGAAAAUAGUAUUCAUUUGGUUUUAAAGAUUUUUUAAAAUAUAAGUUGUUUCGGUCGCAACAAUGAACAAUUUCUCGAAUCAGAUGUGCAAGCAGACUUCUUCCUUGCAAAGCCUUGCUGCGCCUUUGGAAGAACCAGUCCGAGACGAACCGCUAAACUCUCAAACUACCGUGUCGAGAAAGGAUCUGAAAAGGCUGUCAACUGAUGCUCCGGGGUCUUUGGAAACGGAACAAUCGAACCUGGCCAAGCUGAAAAUGGCUUUUGAAUCGUUUGGGGAAACAACGAAGGCCUACCACGAUGAGCUGAGAAACAUUAAAAUCCGUUUAAAAGAAGGUAAAGAGAUGUACGAGCAGACAGAGGAAAUUCUAAAAAAGUUCAACGCAGCAGAAAUUCAAAGUAGAUUUAACGCUGUUACAAAGAAAAACCCAGGUGAUGUUCUUUCGAGAAUAAACCCUGGGAAUUUGGAUGAGCAAUUAAAAGAUAUGGAAAAACGUAUAUUGUUAGCUAAAGGAUAUUUGGCCAAUUCGCAGCAUACCGGUCUGAAAAAGUCCAUCGAUAAAUACCAUGAAAUCUUCAAGAGGUCGUUGGAAAACUUUGACAUGAAAACUUGCGAGCCUUGCACACAGCUGGAAAGAAUGGACAAAGCCAAUACCGUCUAUAGUACGAAAAGGCUUCUCGAGGAGGCAAACCGUGUCAUCCCGGAGGAAGAGGAACGCGACCAACAAGCAGCAAACACGAUCGCUAUGAUGAAAAAAAUGGCCACAUCCUUAUCAGAGACCAGUUUGAAGGAAUUAAGCACGUUCAAGCCCAACCCGACCGCAACCCCUCCGAAGUCUAUCCUCAAAAAGCCACCGCCAGAGGAGUCCUAAAUCUACAAAAACAGCUAAACGACCAUCAAUAAAUUCAGUUUGCGAUAUCAUACAA